UCCGGCGAAAUUAUGUUUGUGUCGAUUUAUCGCAAUCUGGCAACACUCUUUUCCAUUUCUUUCCCGCUGUCAGAAAUACGCCCUAACAUUCGUCUGCCUCUCGUUUCUAUGUCAGGUUGUCAGAGUUUGAGUUCUUCUAAAUCACCGGCAUUUACGUUUCUUUCUGUGAUUUUGUUCCAUUUUUCUGUCUAACAGAGGUGAGAAAUGUCCCAUAUGUGUUUCCAUAUGUCUUGUACUAAUUAUCUAUAUCUGCAGCUCAACUGUCUUGAGAUAUUCUGCAUUCUGUCAGUUUAUUCCACUGUGUGAUUCGUUCUAUGGUCUACAAAGCUUGCAAGCAACUUAUGUUUUGUCCUUGCUUCGCAGGCACCAUCGUUAACUCUUACAGUCAUACUGCCAUUCUGGCAGACAAAUCUUUACUCACAAUACAUUGAAGAGAAAACCACUACCGGCCUAUGCUCUAAUUUAGCUCUUGAACAUUUGGUCCUUCGAACUGGAGCUUUAGUCAGUGAAGGUGGUGGCCAGCUUAUUCUUCAGCCAACAUCAUUCUGCUACACGAGUCCUGUAGCCAGACCACUACUGCCAGCAUUUACAACGUUGGCCUGUCAUCAUCCUGCUGUUCAAGUCCAUCGUGUGCAGCCAUUCUACACAGCCAACAUCUAUUGUUGGCCAGCCAUCAUCCUGCUACACGAGUCCUGUAGCCAGCCUACUACAGCCAGCAUUUACAACGUUGGCCAGUCAUAUCACUGCUGCCCAGUUCUUCAUGGUCAGCUGCUUCCCACAUUCGUCAUUGGUUCUUCAUCCUUCUACUGUCCAGGCCUUCGUGGUCAGCUUGCGUCAACCAACGCUUCCGUCAACGUGAGCUGUGUAUUUACUCCACCCAUAUGCCUUAUAUGAUUCAUCCAACUAGAUCAACCGAAGCCCAGGCAGCUCAUGCCCAAUCCGCUCAAGCCAAUUCAGCCAUGCCGAAUCCUGGUUUCGGAUCCAGCCAAGAAGAAGAAGAAGGUCGAAAGGUGAGCCCACCUGUUGGAGAUGUCGAGCUCACAAAGAAGAGGAGAACCACCGUCCGCCGUCAGAUCACCUCGACGAUUCGACAGAUUCGUGCCAGUAUCGAUCAGUGUGGAUCGCGUGGAAGUAUAGGUGGCCUCGUCAAACACCUCCAGAGCUUAGCAACAACAGCUACACUCUUGCACACUGACUUGCUAAUAGUCGAAGAUGCAAGUGAGACCGAAAGGCAAGAGGACAAACAUUUGAUGUAUGUUCAACAGAUAGGGGACGCGAUCGCCGAAGCUGAUGAACACCUGAAGUCAAGAGCUGACGAAGCCCCUUCGGUAGUGAACGGCGGACGCGCUAAGAGAGUGACAGAAGAGGAGAUUCGCGCAGCAAAGCAACUGAUCGAGCAGACCCGUACACUAGCAGAGCAGGCUCGAAAGCGAGCGGAGGAACUUCAGAUUCAACAACAACAAGCAGAGGAGGCUCUCCAAGAUCUACAGCAAGACGAUGCCAACCCCGACAACUUCUCUUCCGUAAGCAAUAGGGGCGGAUCAUUUACGAAAUUGGCAGCAGAUUGGAAACGAAAACAAGCUCAGCAGAAUACCGCUCCCGACGAUUGGAUUGACGGUUAUGCCAACGGAACAUUGAAACCUAUCUACACAGCUGGAUCCCGAUCGUCAGUGAAAGCAGACCUAGAGCCCUUUUCCGGAAGAUCCCUGGACUGGUUCGCGUGGAUCGACCUUUUCCGCGCUUUAGUUCACGACACAGCAAAAUCACCAGGGGAAAAGUUGGCGCUGCUUCAUCGUUACGUGAGAGGAGAUUGUCUCGACGUGAUCCAUGGCCUAGGAGGAGGAGAAGGAGCUUAUAUUGAGGCUCUGAUACGCCUCAAGGAGUCAUGUGGUCGGCGCGAUGUGAUGCGGGCCGCUCAUAUACAAGCCAUAGAAGGCCUCGAACUCAAAAACGAUCCCGCCAUCUUUAAAAGGUACGCUGAAAAGGUACGGACUCAUCUGUUUGACCUCUCUCGUAUCGGGGAGACGUCUUCUGCGGGAUUGAUUGAGAAGAUUUGCUUGAGGCUUCAGCUACACGACCGUCUAGCAUGGAACGAUGGCCGAAAAGGAGGUUUGGAGACAAGAAGCUUAAAUACGUUUGGAGUUUGGCUUUGUGAGAGAGCUGCUGCCUAUCAAAACGCUUACAGUAUAGCGGCUGAACAGACGACAGCGGCUCAGAAACCCAACGUACGCUUUGCUGCCCGUGCUAACCCAGUUUCUUCCAAACAAUCAUCCAUGCCACAAACCUCAUCGAAAUCCGCUUCACGCUCGUUUUGUUUCAAGUGUGAAGGUGAUCAUAAACUCGAGAUUUGCGGCGCCUUUAAAUCAUCUUCUGUAGGGGAUCGUGUCGGCUUCUGUGCAAAGCAUCGACUGUGUUUUGGUUGUCUGAAACCAAGACAUUCGAUCCGUUUCUGUCCUCAACGGAAGCCCUGUAGUCAAUCCGGCUGCACCUUGUUUCAUCACGCGCUACUACACGACGUCAAUCGAGCUAAUCCGGAUACUUCCAUCACUGCGCGCCCAGCUAGUCUACGCAGCGACAUCGGAAGCAAUCGAAGAGUGGCGAUGGGAAUGAUGCGACUCAAGAUACAAGAUGCAGACGGCCACUGGAUAACAGCGAAUGUUUUCGUGGAUGAAGGAAGCGACUCCACCUUGAUGCGGCAAGGAUUCGCCAAACUCCUGAAGCUUCGUGGCGCUCAUCACAUCCUUACCGUCGUCGGAGCCGGGAACGUCAUCAACCAUUACCCCUCCCAGCGAAUCAGUUUCGGCAUUAGAGACUCAGAUGGAUCUAUCGUCACCAUUACCUGCUCAACGUUACCAACCGUUGCCAGUGAUACACCUGUAACCGAUUGGCCAGUUCUAAAGAAACGUUGGAGCCAUCUAGCUGAUCUACCAGUGACGAUGACAGGUGGUAAAGUGGACAUAUUAAUCGGUACUGAUCGUUCUCCUCUCGUCACAGCAUUGGAAUCAAGAAUUGGCGGUGAUUAUGAACCUACGGCAGUCCGAAACCGGUUCGGGUGGUUGAUCCGAGGAGUGGUGCAGGAUGGAACCACAAUCACAGCUGUCAGAACCAACACCAUCAUCGGAUCGACCCAAUUGGCUCAACUUACCGACGUGAUGAGACAAUUCUGCGAGACAGAAAAUUUCGGCACCGAAUAUCAAGUCGCCGGGAUGUCGGAAGAUCAUCGAAAGGCCGUCUCAAUUUUAGACGGUGAAACCCGGAAGUUGAAUGUGGGAUAUGAAGUGCCCAUUACGUGGCGAGAAGGGGAGCCGAAUUUAAUGUGCAAUCGUCGGAUGGCCGACGAUCGGUUCAAGUCUGCUGCGCCGAUUUGA